GACGGUCAGAUCCGGACGGCUUUUGACGUAUUGGUGGCCGCAUUGCUCGGCGCCGACGAGUUUGGCUUCUCGACGGCGCCUCUCAUAGUGUUGGGCUGUAUAAUGAUGCGCAAGUGUCACCUCAACACCUGUCCCGUAGGUGUGGCCACUCAGGACCCGGAGCUGCGCAAGAAGUUUGAGGGAAAACCCGAAUAUCUCGUGAACUACUUGUUUCUGUUGGCCGAAGAGAUCCGACAAGAGAUGGCGAAACUCGGGAUCAAAAAGUUUCAGAAUCUGAUCGGCCGGACAGAGCUCCUGAGGUUCAAACCAGACCCCCAGAACCCGAAGGCCGGGCUUCUGGACUACACGAUGAUCCUCUGUAACGCCCUGUCCCUGAGGCCCGAGACGAAUAUCAUCGGCGGAUCCGUUCCGCAGGACUUCCAGCUGGACAACCGGCUCGACAACAAAAUCAUAUCCGCUGCCAAAGCCAUACUCGACGGCAAUACCCAGAACUCGAUUGAGAUGUCGUUCCCCAUCGCUAACAUCGACCGCGCGUUUGGCGCCACUCUUAGCUAUUAUAUCGCCUCCAGGUUUGGCGAGAAUGGGCUCUACAAAGAUCUCAUUAAAGUCAACCUCAAAGGGUCGGCCGGACAGUCGUUUUGUCUGUUUCUGGCGAAGGGAGUGGUAGUGGAACUCGAGGGCGACUCUAAUGAUUACGUCGGGAAAGGCCUCUCCGGGGGCGAAGUGAUUGUCUAUCCGCCCAAAGAUAUGCCCAAAGAGUUCAAGUCGGAGGAGAAUAUAAUUGUGGGGAAUGUCUGCCUAUACGGCGCCACCUCUGGGAAAGCCUUCAUUAGAGGUGUGGCCGCCGAGCGGUUUUGUGUACGUAAUUCCGGUGCUAUCGCUGUCAUCGAGGGGGUGGGAGAUCACGGGUGCGAAUACAUGACGGGAGGCGUUGUCGUGAUAUUGGGCGCCACCGGCAGGAACUUUGCCGCCGGUAUGUCCGGCGGAAUCGCUUACGUCUACGACUUGGACGGGAGGUUUGCCUCGAAGUGCAAUCCAGAAAUGGUUGAUCUCUUGCCACUCGAACUGGAGGAAGACAUCACUCUCUUCAAGGAUUUACUCAAAGAGUUCAAUGAGAAGACCGGUUCAGAAGUGGCCGCAGAUAUACUCAACAACUUCGAGACAUUGAGGCAGAAGAUUGUCAAAGUGUUCCCUCAGGAGUAUCAAAGAGCUCUCAAACAAAUGGCGGAACAGUCUGUCAAACCAGAAGUUGAAGUCAAACAAACCGACGACCAGAAGGUGAAGGACAUCGAGGACUCGAUUCCGGAUCAGACAAAACUCGAUAAAUUGCGCGGAUUUAUGAAAUAUAAGAGGAUUAAAGGCUAUUAUCGCGAUGUCAGCAAACGAUCCAAGGAUUGGAAAGAGAUCUUUGACCACCAGUUCAUCCGAAACAAUGUCCGCACACAGGCCUCGAGAAAUUGUAGCAAAAUAUGA